AUGGCUUCUCCAAAGCGAACUUCUGUAGAGAAGGAUCCGUAUACCUUUGGAUACGACAGCGCCCACCAAGUUCAACCUUCAACUUCGAGGACAACCGACGUAACAGAUGUUUAUGACAAUAACAAAGGACGCGACUUGAGCGAAAGUUUUGAUCCAUCGAAAGUGGAACGAAACAUUGGGAUGAUUCCAACAAGCUCUAGUGAUCCCGCUAAUAGGCUUACCAGCUAUUCUGACAACGAGCCUACCCAAAGAUUUCACGAACAUAUGGAUGAUUCGCCUGAUACUCCUCUUGUUCGCGGUGUUUCUCAGAGAAGAAAGGGGGGAUAUCAAGAUUUAGAGUAUGCGGAGCCCCAAAAUCAAAGUAGAGCUUUGGAUUCGAAACAGGCUGGUUUAUCCAAAUUCAUGUCCUCAGCCAAAUACCCAUUGGAACAACGGAUAGAAGACAAGAAACGAGGAAUUGGUCGGCAGAAAUACCCUUUUGUCGUAUAUGCUCUCACCGUUGCGAUGAUUGGCGUAUUCGUCUAUGAACUCGUGUUAAAUUCUAGAGAGCAAGGAAGUCCUAUAUCAUUCAAGCCAACCAUCAAUCCUAUGUUAGGACCAUCAGGGAGUGCCCUUAUCAAUGUUGGGGCACGGUUUCCACCUUGUAUGAAAUUGGUCGAGCAGGUGCCUCCAACCACGCUUAUUGGCUGUAUGAACAAUACUGCCAACCCUGCAACUUCUGUAUGUACAGUCGAAGAUCUUUGCGGCUUUGGUGGAUUUCAUGGUAAAGACCCUAACCAAUGGUUCCGAUUCAUGACGGCUAUUUUCCUCCACGCCGGCAUUAUCCACAUUCUUCUGAACAUGCUGGCCCAGCUUACACUAUGCGCACAGAUUGAGAGAGAAAUGGGUUCCGGUGGUUUUCUCAUCACAUACGCAGCAGCAGGCAUCUUUGGAAAUGUUCUUGGAGGCAAUUUCUCGCUGGUAGGGGUGCCGUCUGUUGGAGCCAGUGGCGCCAUCUUUGGGACCGUCGCUGUGACUUGGGUAGACCUUCUAGCACAUUGGAAAUUUCAAUACCGCCCAGUCAGAAAGCUCAUAUUUAUGACUAUCGAAUUACUCAUUGGUGUUGCGCUUGGUUACAUACCUUAUGUCGAUAAUUUUGCCCACAUAGGAGGUUUUGUGAUGGGUUUACUUGUUGGAACCAUCUUCUAUCCAGUUAUCAGUGUCACUAAACGGCAUCGAUACAUUACAUGGGGCUUCCGACUGGCUGCGAUACCUUUGGCAAUCAUUCUAUUUGUUGCACUUGUCAAAAAUUUCUAUACCUCAGAUCCAUACGCUGCAUGUUCUGGAUGCCGAUACUUAUCUUGCAUACCGUCCUCUGCGAAUAACCACUGUCAAGGGUAUGUUUUCUUCUUCAUCGUCUAG